CAGCCAGUUAGUGGGAGGGAGAUGGAGAGACGCCAGAGCAACUUCUGGAACUGCUGGAGCAGCUUUAGGGGAAUAGACAGACAUCUCCUGGACGGGCUCUGGAUGAGAAUCUAACUGAGAUAUAUUAGAGGCCGCCCAUGACGUCUUGUCUGUCUGUCUGUCUGUCCUGAUGCCGGCCAUGACCAUGGACUCUACGGACUAUAUCCAGGGGGGCUCGCCUCCAUCUACGGUAAAGGAUGAUAUUAUUGAGGUUGAGACGCUGGACACCAGGACGACGGCGAGGCCAGAGCCUGCGACGUUCAAGGUCUAUAAGAGACGCUUCUUCGGCCUGGGACAGCUGGUCCUGCUCAAUAUCAUCGUCAGUUGGGAUGUAAGUGAUUCUAUAUCUGCCUUAUCUUUAGUUACCCCAGAUUUGUGCCGACAUUGCUGACUUCUCGCAGUGGCUCACCUUCUCAGCCGUAUCGAAGACGGCCUCAGAGUAUUUCCGGGUCAGCGAGGGGGCCAUCAACUGGAUGAGUACUGCCUUUCUCUUUGCAUUCUGCGUUGCCAGCCCGUAAGUGAUGUGGUUCUCCGGCUAGUCGUAUCAUGUUCUCGGUAUGUCUGGCUAUCGAACAAUGUGCUAACCUCGGGGGGCCAUACAGGAUAGUUAUAUGGACACUCAACAGGGGCGGCCCCAGGUCCUCCAUCAUUACCGCGUCUGCCUUGCUCCUGGCGGGCAACUGGAUUAGAUACGCAGGCACCCGCGCGGGCAGCGGCAACUUCGGAGUCGCCAUGCUCGGCCAGAUUCUCAUCGGGUUUUCCCAGCCGUUUGUCCUGACUGCCCCGACGAGAUACAGUGACAUCUGGUUCACUGGCCAGGGCCGGACAAGCGCAACAGCAGUUGCCAGCCUGGCAAACCCGCUGGGUGGUGCGUUGGGACAGCUUAUCGGGCCUAUACUGGCCACGGAUUCAGCGCAGAUUCCCAAUCUUGUGCUUUAUGUCUCGAUUAUUUCCUCAGUCGCAUGCGUACCAUCAUUCUUUGUCCCCAGCCGACCCCCUACACCCCCCAGCGUGGCUUCAGAGACAGUAAAGCCACCACUCCUAUCGAGUCUUCGCCAGCUGGCUACCCGCAUCGAAUUCUGGCUCAUCUUCUUCCCCUUUGGCAUCUAUGUCGGUCUCUUCAACAGUAUCUCCUCGUUGCUCAAUCAAAUCCUCUAUCCACAUGGCUACUCCGAGACAGUAGCAGGCAUAACAGGUGCCCUUCUGAUCGUGGUCGGCCUUGUCUCCGCCGCCAUCAUGUCCCCCAUCAUUGACCGCCUAAAACACUACCUGGGCACCAUGAAAAUUCUCAUCCCAAUCCUCGCAGCAACCUACAUCGCCUUCAUCUUCGCGCCUAGCUCAGGCAAUGUCGCAGGUCCGUAUGUCCUCGCCUCUAUUAUGGGCGCAACUAGUUUCUGCAUUCUCCCAGUGGCUCUCGAAUAUAUGGUUGAAAUCACAUAUCCCAUGUCCCCCGAAAUCCCGAGCACGCUAUGCUGGACUGGCGGCCAGAUCUUCGGGGCGGCGUUUAUUUUAAUCGAGAAUGCACUCAAGGCUGGACCCGAAGAAGAUCCGCCCCUCCAUAUGAUGCGGGCUCUUAUCUUUCAGGCAGUUAUGGCUACAGCCGUGGUGCCGCUGCCAUUAUGCGUUGGCUUGUUUGGGAUAGACGUGCGUAAGCGCAGGCUUGAAGCCGAGUGUCAGCGUGUUGGCAGUCUAGAGGAGGCCAUCAUCCGGAGGGUGUGA